CUUUGUGAACUGAAUACAAGCCAAUCACUGCCAAGCGUCGACCUGUGGCGUGUGAAAGAGUCCCCGUACUUCGGGACGUAGGCGACUCGGGUUUCGGCUACUCCUGCCUGCAGCCCUCUCUGGGGCACAAUCUGUGUCCCGCAGGCUACGCCCCGCGCCUCCUCAUUGGCUUCUUCAGGCACGUGGUAGGGUGGUCCCGCCUCCGGGUGGCCUGAGAGGCGGCACGCAAAGCCGCAUGGACAGCUUGGCGCCGGGCCGAUGGAGACGACGAAGGAUCGAGGAGCUGCCGGCUGCAGGGGACGCGAAACGGGCAUGCAGGAGGUCAGAAGCUGGUGGCCAUGAGUACAGCAGCCACAUGGUAAGCACCUGUGCCCUGCUGUCCUGGAGCACAGAGGACCAGGAGCCACGGUCACGAGGCCCGCCUGCACCGCGACCAGAGUGUGGCCAGGAGAGGCCCAGCUCCGUGAGUCUGCAGAACGGCGGAAGGAGCUCAGCCCAGCCUUGCCUGAGAUGUAUUGCGGGGGAGUCUGUAAGUGUGAUCUCACAGAGACGGAAAUGAUAGAGUUCUUCAACAUCAGAUCUGUAGAACCGUUAAUAAAAUCUGC